AUGGACGACCGACCCUCGUCGCCCUCGCCGUCGGUCUCCCCCACGCCCGCCAUUUCCUCCUGCCCCUCCCCCGACCGAACUUUCUCGUCCAUCUCGUCGUUGUCGAUUUCGUCGGCCACCAGCGCCGACGCCCGUUCGUCGGUGUCGAUUUCGGGACGCCGCCGCGGGUACAUUCGUCCGCAGGGUGCUGAGUUUGCCGAGUCGGCGAAAAACCGCGAGAGUGUGAUGAGCCUGGGCAGUAUCGCUCAUCUGCAGUACUAUUUUGCCCGCACGGGUCUUCUGGAUGGGAAGGGCGGACAUGCAAGAGAAUACAAGAAGAGCCCAAAGGCGGAGAAUGUGCCUCGAUUGCUGCUGACGCCGAACUCACGGUUCAUCGAAGAAGACGGCGAGGAUAAUGGCGAGCUUCUGGUGGAGAGUCCGACGGACGAGGGUGGGCUGGAGCCGGACUGUGACUCGGACGGGUACGAGGUGAUGCUGCCGCCGACCGUGAGUACGUACAGCAUCAAGACACACUAUAUCCCGCCGCCGCCGGAUCUACGGUCGCUGCGCCGCGACCUGCUGACGGCUCUCAGACGGGCCGAGACAGAACUGGAAGAGAUGGAUGGGCGGACGGGUCCGUCUCCGGACCUGAAGCCGCCGCGGAUCAGUCUGUCGCCAGACGACCUGCCCGAGACGGAGGAGGACGCCUUACGGCAGUCCGCGGCGGUGGCGGCGGCUGCCGCUGCCAGCACCCCGCAAGGGUGGCAGGAGAUCCAGGGGAUGAAGAUUCUGGACGUGGUGACGCUGGCCAUCCGGGCAGCGCGGAUCUACUACACGGCCCACGAGCGGCCCGACCGAUUAGCACUGAUCAAGAGCGAGCGAGACAUCCGGCAGGAACUGUUCAAUGUGCUUGAGGUUCUCAAACGGUGGGCGGCUCGCGGUUUUACAUCGGGGAUGAGGGCGGACGAGCACGACGCGAUCACGGGCUGGAUGGCGGACGUCCGCGGCCUGUUGGCCCGCGACGCCCAGCUGGAGGAGGACGAGGUGCGCGAGCGCGAGAGCUGGGUGUGGGCGACGGACGAGUGGGAGGGCCGCGAACUGGAACGCGAAGCCAGCUUCCUGAGCAGCUUGCUCGAACCUGACCAACCCCCGCUGCCCGCCUGGGAACCCGUCGAGGGGCGGCCCGUACCUACCACCUUACUGGAGCGGCUGCGUGACGGGCGAGAUCUGGUCCGAAUGCACAAUAUCGCGGUGAAGAAGUCGAAGCGGCCGUUUGGCGAGAUCAAAACGUUCCACACCGACGUGGCCAAGCCGUACCGCUGCGCCGACAACCUGCGCUUCUGGCUCAAGGCGUCCGAGAUCCGCUGGGAGACCAAGCUGGACAUGGAUGUCAUGGGCGUCGUCUACGGCGCCAGCGACGAGGCCUGGCGCCGCUUCGAUGCCGCCCUGCUGACCUGGUGCCGCGCCGUCCGCGAGGAGCUCGUCCGCGACUGGCGUGAGCUGCGUCCGGGGACACCCUCCGACGCGUCGUUGCCCUCAGCGUCUCCGUCGCCAGUGACAUCGACCUCACUCUCGAUCUCGACGACGCCGCAGCUGCUGUCCUCGCCGCCGACCGUCUCGAUCUCCAGCCCGGGCGUUCUCCUGCCGCGUCGUGUCCAGUCCAAGUCGUCGCUGCGCAGUACGGCCAGCAGCCUGACGGACGACGACUGGGAGCUUGACAGCAACACCGCUGCGGAGUCUAGCAACAAUACCAGUGCGAACAAUAAAAACCUCGUUGUCUUCCCCUCCAUCCUACGUCGACUCUCGCCGGGCCUGGCUGCCCGGGUGAAAUUGCUCGACGGCAGCAACAAGCCCUCGACCUUCCCUGUCCGCGCCAUCAACAACGUGGGUCGGAUCCCACAGGAACACAUAAACGAGAUCGACAGCGCCCAUCAGAAUCUCUCGAUCAAGGUCCAGAAACGUGGAAAGGCGUGGAACAGGGUCACUGGCCAGCAGCAGGGGCCGGACGAGACAACAGGCGGUGGUGUUGAAUAUCUCGAAGUGCCGGACUUGGGACCUGAGCUGGAGGUUGAUCUAGAUACAGAAGAACAAGAGGAGGAGGAAGGGGAGGAGGAAAAACAACAACAAGAAGAAGAAGAAGAAGAAGACGCCUGUACCGUGGAUCCCGAUCCUGAACCAGAAAUGUUGGUGGUCGAGAUGCCCCCGGUGCCGCCGGAACCAGUGACAACGGAACCACAGCCGGAACUCGAACCUGAAACUCAAUCAGAGACAGCUGGACAGACAGAUUUUGAAAAAUACAUACAGAGCAGCACACAGGAUGCAGAAAACCCUCCGCCGCCCCCUCCGAAGGACACUCCGCCGCUGCCCUCGAGCGCCUCGGUGCGGUCAUUGUCCCAACCGCAGACGCAGGCGUCGUACUUCAACCCAAUGGGUCUACACCGCACCGAGUCGAUAUACUCCUUCUCCCGUGUCUCCUUCAGUAACCAGCUCUCCCAGUUGACGUCCAUCACCCUUCCGCAGCCGACCUCCCUGGCGGCCAGCAUUGCGGCCAUCGCUAACGCGGUUGCCGCUGUCAAGGCGCUGACGGGAGCCGCGGAACAGAUACAGUACUGGAUCAGGAAGGCUUCUGACGUGCUCAGCGGACUGGAUGCCGAGGAUGACGUCGAAUGGGCCGCUGCCGGCGGGCGAGAGGGUCUAGAGGGAGUCGACAAGGCGAUCACCAAGUUCGAGAGCCUGGUCAAUGUCUACGUCACGGCCAUCGAGGAGGUUCAGCUGCGGCCGGACAUUGGCCAAGUCGGCCCUGACGCCCUCACCGCCAUCGUUAUCCAGAUGGAGUCCAUCCUGCAGAACUGGUCGCAGAUCAAGGCCAAGCUUCGCGGGGUCAAGGGUCAUGUCGAGCUCGCCAUGGAGUGGGAGGAGCUGUGGGCCAACGUGUUGGGCGAUGUCGGCAUGGAGGUUGACAACCUCAGCGGCCUCAUCUUCGAGAUGGAGGAGAAACGUCACCAGACCAUGAGUGCCGACCCAGAGCCCACGGGCGGCCUGGACAUCAACGAGCUGGAGACGAUCGUUGAGGAGACUCCGGCCCACUACCAUCCCUCCUCCCAUCAUCACCAUACCCCGUCUUCCACCAAGCGUUACAGUAUAGGCACGCCCGUGGCAGCGGCGGCGGCAGACACACCGGUGAUCCAGACGCCGCAGGAUGACUCCAACUACACGAACCUGAUGGCGCUGUUCGCGCGGAUGCAGCCGCUGCGGGCCUCGCUAGACUUCCUGCCCAUGCGGCUGAGCAUGUUCCAGUCGCGGGCGGAAGCCAUCUUCCCCAGCGCGUGCGAGGAGCUCGAGGACCGUCGCCGCCAGCUGGAACAGAGCUACAAGACGCUCGAGACCGACGCCGAGGCGCUGCGCAAAGAGCUCGGCGAGGACCGCUGGAUCCUUGUCUUCCGCAAUGCGGGUGGCCAGGCCCAGAAGAUGUUCGACUCGGUCGAGCGCAGUAUCGGCAAGCUUCAAGAGUCGCUUGAAAGUGGCGCGCACCUGAACAACCAAGCCGCGCUGGCGAAGCGUAUCGAAAACUACGAGGCCAAGAAGGUUCACUACGUCCCGGCGAUUGAACGGGUCAUCGCCAUCAUCCAGAAGGGGAUCAACGACCGGUUGACCGUCAACGGGGAGAUCCUGAGCCUAUUGGCUGACAUGCAGUCACGCACCGAUGCCCUCAAGGCCAGCAUCAAGGUCAUGGAUUCCAGUCUUGAGGAGAUCAAUUUCGUGAAGCCUUGCGCUGCUGCGGCUGUCGCCGCCACUCCACACACCCAUGCACACCAUCACCUGCGUGAUUCCAUCUCAAGCAUCCUCACUAUGGACAGUCCGGCCACGGCGGGCAGCGUUGUUGACACCCCGGGUAGCUCACCGGCUUCGUCCGUUAUCAUGUCGACUGCUGGCACCGGCAUGAAAAAGGGCGCCGCUACGCCGAUGGGCAAUUCCAGCCGGCGCGAUAGCUCCGCGAGCAGCACUACGCGUAGCACCCCCGCUCUGGCUAAAGUUCGGCGGUUAUCGGGCAUCCCGCAGCCAGCGACAGCGACGACGACCAAGACCAUUCGCAAGACUUCCCUUCCUGUGCCGUUUUCAUCGUCCGGUGGUCUCCAGUCCCCGCCGGCCACCCGGACCCGAUCUGCCGUCACGCCGACGCCCAUGGCUAAGAAACCCGUGCGGCCGCUGGCGACGCCGCAGCAGCCGCCUAGCAACCGACCGCGCUGGAACGGGAGCGUGAAUACGGGCGACCUGGAAGUAGGCCACAUCUACAGACCGUCGUCGUCGCUACCCACGCCGCCCGCCUUCCGCAAGAGCUCCGCGCCCAGUCGCCUCUCGCGGCCGCCGUCUACACUUCCAGUUCGCUCGCCGAUGCACCAGCGGAACCCAUCGACCUCGCCCGCACCCGGGGGUCCCGCGACAUCAGUGCGUGCCGCGAGCCGGGUCUCGAGCCGGCUGACCUCGCGAAGCCCUGCGCGGACGGCCUCGCCCACACCUACGGCCACGCCGACGCGAUCUCUCCUGGAUCCGCCGCCGUACAGCAAACUGGGCAUCCGGUCCAUCUCAACUGCAACGCCCGGACCUGGCCGGAUGGCGAACGUGCCUCGCAGCCGGCAGAGCUUUGCAGGCAUCCCUGCCAGCAGCAAGAUGGCGGCCAAGGAGAACGACCCUAGUCUUCUUCUGAGCCCGACCAAACCCAGUGCGCGCCCGGGGACUGCGCUAGGCCAUUCGACGACUGGCAGCAGUCGACGGACGAGCCUGCUUCCCCUGCCCAAGGCGCGGUCUGGGCGGGAGAGCUCGCUGGGCGAGCGUCCUCCAUGGCGGUAA